GAGAAAAAUCGAUUUGAAGGAAGAAGAAAGGUUGAAGAAGAGAAAGAAGUAAAAAUUGGGACAAGAAGAAGAGAAGAUGAUAAGUUAAAAAGAAAGAGAGCGUAACAAACAAACAAACAAACAAAAAAGAAAAAAAAGAAAGUGGAGGGGAAGAGGAGGAGACGGUGCCGUAUUCAGUGAAGGGAGCCAACCAGUCAUCUGAUCCAUCCAUGGAAGAAACUAAAUCACAGCAGCAAAUUCAAUCAAAACACAAACCCAUUUCCAAAUGCAUAGCUUCUUUCCUUUUCUAAUUGGUGGUUUUCCGAUUCUCUCUCUCUGCGAUUUCCUCGCUCUUACCACUUCUCUCUCUCCAAUUCUUUCCCUUUCCCCCCUUUUCUAUUCUUAUCCCUCUUCCCCAGUUUCUUAAUUUAUUCCUUUUUUCUUUUCGGUGUUUUGUUUUUGAUUUGAUCUUCCCGCCCCACCCCACGAUUUCUUUCCUACCCAUUUCAGGUGGGAGAUCCUCCGAUCCACCCCCUUUCUUCUCUCUCUCACUUCUCUCCCAUUUUUCACUAUGAUUUCGUAUUCAGUGCAUUGAAGGCCCUUCUGAUCUCUCUGCUCCUUUUACUUUCUUUCAUCAAUUCCGAGACGAUAACCCCUUCUCUUUCAUACCCUUCUUACACAGUUACAGUUUUUUGGCAUUGCGUGCUUGGGGAAUCGUUAAGGUGGUGUGCUGUUGUUUUGGAUCCACGAGGGAGCGUUGUCAAUACUUCGUCGAAUCGAGCUGUUUGUCUAUCAUUGAUUCCUCUUUUAUCAGAUUUCUAUGGGCCUCUGUUCAAGGCCGGUCUCUGAUCUGAUUUCUUCUUGCGUGUAAGUUUCACUUUUUCUUGUUAAUUGGAAAUGGUGUCCGAGGGAAAGGCAGGAGUUUGAAUGUGUGUCGCCAUUGUUAAGCCCUUCCAAUAUAUUUCUCUGUCUUCUUCACUUUCAGGCAGAGGGAUUUUUCGUCUUAACGUUUGAGGAUUUUUUAUGAAAUUAUUUAUUUGAUUUUAUUUGAAUCAUGCUGACCUUUAGUCGCUGAGGCGUGGACGUUGGAAUAGAUUGUUGGAUAGAACAAGAAAUAUGGGUUUAGGAGGAUGAUGGGAUGCGGAUUCUUGGUGAGAUGGAGAUUAAACUCUUUUGGUUUUCUGUGGUUUGCUUGGAUGGAGUUGGGAUGAAAGGUUUAAUGUUCACUGGGGCUUCGUUUGAUUUGUACGUGAGACUCCCUAAUGUGGUCAAAAGAUAAUUUAUGACAUCUGGUCAGCCCUUGCUGGCUUCAUCAGAAUCUCCCUCAGUUAUUGAAUACAGAUCCAAAUCUCGAAAUCGUGGUUCGGUUGGUUGUCUAUGUCGCAGUGCUUCCUUCACCUCUUCCAGUUACGACGAUGGUCAUAGUGACAUUGUGGAUGUGAAGGAAAACUGCGCCAGCCCUUUUGGAGAUAACGCUUGGAGUGGAGAGAAUUGCCUCAGAAGGUCUACUUCGCUUUCUAGGAAGAGGCAGUUUUCUACUGUUGGCUCUCUGCUUUCUCAGCAGUUUUCUUCUGGCUACCCCACCCAGGAUAGAAGACGCCUGGUCUCGUGGGGUGCAAUGGAGAUGCAUAAUAUUAAUGAUAAUAACCCUGAAAGCUUCGAACUUUCUAGGGUCCAGGAGAAGUUGCAUAAAGCGCAAAGAAGUCGUCAUAAGAGUAUGCAGUUUGAGGAUAAUUUACAGCAUGACGAUAAUCCUAGGUUGAUAUACAUCAAUGAUCCAAGGAGAACCAAUGACAAGUAUGAGUUCACUGGAAAUGAGAUAACCACCAGCAAGUACACAUUGAUUACUUUCUUGCCAAAGAACCUCUUUAUUCAGUUCCACCGGGUAGCCUAUCUUUAUUUUCUUGCUAUUGCCGCGCUUAACCAGCUUCCACCUUUGGCAGUCUUUGGGAGAACGGUAUCUCUUUUUCCCCUUCUGUUUGUGCUCUGUGUCACAGCUAUUAAAGAUGGUUAUGAGGAUUGGCGUAGACACAGAUCUGAUCGUAAUGAGAACAAUAGACAGGCUUUGGUGUUUCAGUCUGAUGAUUUUCGAUUGAAAGUAUGGAAAAAAAUACGUGCAGGUGAAGUUGUAAAGAUUUGUGCUGAUGAAGUCAUUCCUUGUGACAUGGUUUUAUUGGGGACAAGUGAUCCUAGUGGCCUUGCUUACAUCCAAACGAUGAAUUUGGAUGGUGAGUCAAACUUGAAAACAAGGUAUGCUAGGCAGGAAACAGCAUCUGCAGUCGCUGAAGGGUGUUCAUAUUCUGGUCUUAUUCGAUGUGAACAACCUAAUAGGAACAUCUAUGAGUUCACUGCCAAUAUGGAGUUCAACAGCCAUAAAUUUCCGCUCAGUCAAUCAAACAUAGUCUUGCGUGGUUGUCAGCUGAAGAACACUGAAUGGAUUAUUGGGGUGGUUGUCUAUGCUGGGCAAGAGACAAAAGCCAUGUUAAACAGUGCAAUGUCUCCUGCCAAGCGAAGUAAACUGGAGGGUUACAUGAACCGGGAAACAUUGUGGUUGUCAAUUUUCCUCUUUAUCAUGUGUCUAGUUGUGGCCCUUGGAAUGGGCUUAUGGCUUGUUCGGCACAAGGAACGGCUUGAUACCUUGCCAUAUUAUAGGAAAAGGUAUUUCACAAAUGGGGCUGAUAAUGGUAAGAGGUAUAGGUUUUAUGGAAUACCUAUGGAGACAUUUUUCUCCUUCUUGAGUUCUAUUAUAGUGUUUCAGAUUAUGAUACCAAUAUCCCUUUAUAUUACAAUGGAGAUGGUGAGACUGGGCCAGUCAUAUUUCAUGAUUGAAGAUAAGCACAUGUACUGCAGAGCCUCUUCCUCAAGGUUCCAGUGCAGAUCAUUGAAUAUCAAUGAGGAUCUUGGUCAAGUUCGCUAUGUAUUUUCUGAUAAAACAGGAACACUUACGGAAAACAAAAUGGAAUUUAAAAGGGCAAGUGUGCAUGGGAAGAAUUACGGGAACAACUUGUCUGAGGAAUAUCCAUCAAUGCUGUAUUCCAUCCCAGCAACAUUAGGCAGGAGGAGGUGGAAACUUAAAUCUGAAGUUGCUGUUGAUACUGAACUUAUCAAAUUGUUGCACAAGGACCUAAACGGAGAUGAAAAGAUUGCUGCACAUGAAUUUUUUCUUACAUUGGCUGCAUGCAAUACUGUAAUUCCUAUUCACAUGGAUGACAGAUCUAAUUAUGCAAAUGGUGAAUUGCUCGAGGAGGGUUUUGAAACUAUUGAUUAUCAGGGGGAAUCCCCUGAUGAGCAAGCACUAGUUGCUGCAGCCUCUGCUUAUGGAUAUACCCUUUUCGAGCGCACAUCUGGGCAUAUUGUUAUUGAUGUCAAUGGUGAGGACUUAAGGUUAGACGUUUUGGGUUUACAUGAGUUUGAUAGUGUUCGAAAAAGAAUGUCUGUCGUCAUCAGAUUCCCUGACAACACUAUAAAGGUGCUGGUAAAAGGUGCCGAUACUUCGAUGUUGAAUAUUAUAGGCAUUGACUCUGAUAGGGAUGAAUUUAUCCAGCAGACUACUCAGAACCAUUUGUGUGAAUAUUCAAUGGAAGGUUUGCGAACACUUGUAGUUGCUGCAAGAGAUCUAAAUGAUUCUGAAUUUGAGUUGUGGCAGAGCAGAUAUGAGGAUGCCAGUACUUCUUUAACUGAAAGAGCAGUAAAACUACGUCAGACAGCAGCCCUUAUAGAAUGCGAUCUAAAGCUUUUGGGUGCAACUGCCAUCGAGGACAAGCUUCAAGAUGGUGUACCUGAAGCUAUUGAAUCUCUUCGACAGGCAGGAAUAAAGGUUUGGAUUCUGACUGGAGAUAAGCAGGAGACAGCCAUAUCAAUUGGUCUCUCCUGCAAACUGCUGACUUCUGAUAUGCAGUCAAUAGUUAUCAAUGGAAAUUCAGAGAAUGAUUGCAGGCAACUUUUAGCUGAUGCUAUGGCAAAAUAUGGUAUUAAAUCAACACAGUGUGGAAGCCAAAGGCCGAAGCUUAGGAAUUGUGAGAAUGAAUGUCAUGAUCAUGAUAUACCAGAGACAUCUAGUAUGUCAGACUUUAGUGAAGGGAAAGAAGACGUAACUGAUAAACCACUAGCUCUAAUAAUCGAUGGAAACAGUUUGGUGUACAUUUUGGAGAAGGAAUUGGAGUUGGAGCUUUUUGACCUUGCGACUUCAUGCGAUGUUGUGCUAUGCUGUCGUGUCGCUCCUCUGCAGAAAGCUGGAAUUGUUGAUUUGAUCAAGAGUAGAACUGAUGAUAUGACAUUGGCAAUUGGAGAUGGGGCCAAUGAUGUCUCAAUGAUUCAGAUGGCCGAUGUGGGUGUUGGUAUAUGUGGACAGGAAGGGCGUCAAGCAGUUAUGGCAUCUGAUUUUGCCAUGGGACAAUUUCGCUUUUUGAAAAGAUUACUACUAGUACAUGGACAUUGGAACUAUCAGCGUGUAGGCUACAUGGUUCUUUACAACUUUUACCGCAAUGCCGUUUUUGUCUUGAUGCUAUUCUGGUACAUUCUAUGCACGGCAUUCUCAACAACUUCAGCUUUGACUGAUUGGAGUAGUGUGUUUUACUCCGUUAUUUAUACGUCUAUUCCUACUAUUUUUGUUGGUAUUCUGGACAAAGACUUGAGUCACAAAACCUUACUCCAGUAUCCUAUGCUCUAUGGUGCUGGUCAUAGACAGGAGGCAUACAAUUUGCGUCUCUUUUGGUUCACAAUGAUUGAUACCCUGUGGCAGAGUCUUGUUCUCUUCUAUGUUCCUUUGUACAUUUACAAGGAGAGUACAAUUGAUAUAUGGAGCUUGGGAAGUUUGUGGACGAUAGCAGUUGUUAUCCUUGUAAAUGUACACUUGGCGAUGGACGUUCAACGUUGGGUAUAUAUUACACAUGCUGCAGUCUGGGGAUCCAUAGUCAUAACAUAUGCUUGCAUGGUGGUGUUGGAUUCUAUACCCGUUUUUCCUAACUACUGGACGAUCUUUCAUCUGGCUAAGUCUCCAACCUAUUGGCUGACUAUAUUGCUCAUAAUAGUUGUAGCAUUGCUUCCACGUUAUCUAUUCAAAGUUGUGAAUCAAAGAUUUUGGCCCUCAGAUAUUCAGAUAGCCAGAGAAGCCGAGGUACUGAGAAAACGAAAAGGUCGAGAACAAAUAGGCUCAAAGCGAGAUCGAGAUUCCAAUUAACACGUGUCUACUUUACCAUCUUUGUGAGCAAAAAUUCAUUUGCAGAUGGCUUCCCCCUGUGGGUACACAUGCGUGAUUGUAACUUUGAAAGUUGGACAUGCCAAGUGAUGCAUUUUUUUCCUUGGACAUAGAUGAAUUCUUUUAGUUAAUUAUACUUUGAGGAUAGAUAUCCACUCUGAAGGCUUAAGAAGGUGCUUUAGGAAGGUCUUAUGAUACAAAUGUUUUCAGUUCGUCCUCAGACACACGUGCAUCACGAGAGUUGGAUCCACAGAAUUUGGAGUCGGGUGUGAUAUGAAGAUGAGAGAAGAUGGAAUGCCCCACGAAAUGGUAUGUUCUCUGGUUGGGGUGAUGAUUAUUCAAAAAGGAUGCGUUAAUUCGUGUCUGAAGUGGAGGAGGGAUCUCGAGUUGUGUAGGGUUUAUGUUUUGUUUUUUGGUUGGAUUGGAGAAGGAUGAAACUAAUGCUGAAUUAUGCGAUACUGUAUCAUAUGAUAUUUUAGGGUGCUGAGGUAAAAAGAACGUACACAGUUUGAAAGAGAAAGGAGAGAUUGAAUUAAAGUAUAUAAUAGGGGGUUUUCUUUCCUUUUUUUUCUUUUCUUUUCUUUUCUUUUUUUUGGUUCCUUAUUUGUUUUUUUUAACCCUUGUAAAGAUUUGAGAAAUUUUUACGCAUCAACAUAAGGAAUGAGCAAGUGUGAUGGAAAGUACAACACUAACAUACACCUUUGGGUUUUAUUCA